AUGAAGCUCAACACCUACGUACCUCUUGUGGCAUUUGCGGCGUUUACUGCUGCUGAACGGCUUCCCUUGAAUCUGCCAAAUCAUGUGCGGCCUCGCCAAUAUUCUGCUCCGCCGCCAUACUCGCCCAUAAGCCCGAGUCCGAGCCGUGGAAGUGGCAGCGCAUCAUCCAGCUCUCCUAGUGGAUCUUUGACCUCGCUGUCUACCGGCGUCUCUUCUACUGUCGACGUGCCAUCUGUCCAAACAUCCUCAUUCCCGCCCAAUGCCACAACAUUCAGUCCUUCGACCAUUGUCACCACAAGCGUUGUUGUCAUUACAUCAGCCAUUCCGCCUCUGCCUACUUCAACUUCUACGGACGCCACUAGGAGCAGCUGGGGGGUCAGCAAAUCUUCCUCCAUCAGCGCCCCGCUUUCCACAGGCCCCCAAUCAUCCGGCACUGGCUACCACUCUUGGCCUCACCACUCUUCACCCGGGUCGUCAGCACCUUACGGGAAUAGCACUACUUCUUCGUCUCCAUGGGGCACAGGCACCGUGUCAACUUCUUCAAGCCCACCCCUGACUUCUGCUCCUAGUAGCAGUCCCUCAGUAGUCACCAGUUCGCCUCCUUACCCUUCCAACGCUACGCUCACAGAGACCAGUACGGGUUCUGUAGCUACUCCCAGCGGAAACGCGACCACAUCCGCAAUCCCCACUUCCUCCGCACACUACAAGCCUCCUGGCAACUGGACUAGCAGUCUCUCCAUCGCAACCGACUCCAUCUUCCCAUCUUCAACCCCUGACGUCUCAACAAUCAGCUGGAUCUCAUUCACAUCGGGAACCCCAUCAGCUACACCCUCAAGUUCAUCUUCUUCAAAAUCCACAAAAUCCACCUCAUCCCGCCGACGCACCACGACCACCAAACGCCGUUCUACAACACGCACUUGGAGUAGAACGCUGACUGUGUCGUUUUCCUCGACAGGUUCCGCUUCGUUUACGCCUACGCCUUCGAGUGAUGUGCCAUGGACUAGUAGUACGACGUCGCAAGAGGAAUCUUCUACGUCAGCUUCAUCGUCUGAAAGUACUGCUACGCCGUCUCCAUCGGAGAGCUGGCCGUCAACUUCUGCUACGUUGUCUGAAUCAGAUAGUUGGACGUCAUCGUCUGCUACGGCAUCUGAGUCGGAUAGCUGGCCCUCAUCCUCUCCGACCUCUUCUUCGCAUAGCACAUCUGAUAAAAUCUCAUCAACCAGCACUCCUAUUUGGCCACCAGUUUCCUCAUCCUCCUCAUCCUCAUCCGACAGCGCCACACCCUCCUCUUCCUCUUCCUCUUCCUCCUCAAGCACUUCCUCAUCCCCUUCAACAAGCACAGACGCAACCGCAUCCUCCUGGCCCGUCACCCCUUCUUCCUCCACCCUCUCCUUCCCCUCUUCCUCCCCGUAUAAGUCAUACUCGACACCACCCUCCACAUACACCGAUGCAACAGCUUCAUCAUGGCCCGUUAACACUCCCUCCCCAUCUCCUCCAUCUUCCUCGCCGUCAUUGUAUACCACGUAUACCUUCACCUCUUCUUCUGCCUCCCACUCCCUUUCUUCCCCUGCCUCCGCCCCGUCUUCCUCCCCCUCUUCUUAUUCCUCAUGGGCUUCAACCUCCUCAUCAUCGACACCCCCAUCUUCUUCCUCGUCCACACUCACCCGCCCAACCACCACCUUCCUAACCACCACGAGCACGAGUAAAUCCCAGGCGUAUGCCCCCGUGCCCCCCGUGCAGACGUAUGCGGACCAGCCGGAGCAGCAGGAGGAAGAGGAGCAGGAGGAGGGGAAUAUGAGGGGGAAAAAGAGGGACAUGGUGGGACUGUGGUUUGUCUAA